AUGCCGCCGCGUAGGAGAGUUGUUCGUAACCCGGCUGCCAGUGCUGCUCGAGAGGGUGGAGGUGAGCAUGUGCCACCACCGCUAGUGAUUCCACCGCCGGUGAUCCCACCGCCUCCACCGCCGGCGUUUCCACUGAUCGAUCAGGCUGCUAUUAUGCAGAUGGUACAGCAGGCUGCUCAGGGGGUAGUUCAGCAGGCUGCUCAGGAGGCUGCCAGGAUAGCUGCACAGGAGGUUGCCAGACAGUUGGCUGCAGCUCAGCAGGGACAGGCCCAUCGGGUGCCGCAUGGUCCGCAGAUUCAGGUGCAGCAGAGACCGCAGAUUCAUGUCCAGCAGGGUGCCCCGGUUCAGGUUCAGGGUAACCCGCAAGUUCCACCACCGCAGGGAGAGCAGCAUGGAGUUGAUGAGGACCUCAUGAGAGUGAUGAGGCGAAUGAAGCACGUGGACUUGGAGAAAUUUAGAGGGACAGUGAAUGCUACCGAAGCUUACCAGUGGAAGUACAGAUUGACCAAGUGUUUGAGGACUAUCAAGUGUCCACUUCACAUUUGCCUUAAUAUUACAGAGUUAUAUCUGCGUGGGGAUGCAGCAGUUUGGUGGGAGGGAGUGUGUUCGAUGCGCGAGGAGGAGGAUUAUCCGACAUAUGCUGAAUUCCUCGUUGCGUUCGACAAGAAAUACUUUCCCAAGGAGGCCUUACACCAGAAGAGGAAUGAGUUCCAGCAUUUGAUCCAGGGUGGCAAGACCGUCAGGCAGUAUGAGCAUGAGUUCAGAGAGCUUCGCAUGUUUGCUGGUACCCAUUUCGAUGAUGAGGACUUGAUGAGGAUGUUCCUAAAUGGGAUGAGAGUGGAUCUCCGCGGCAGAUGCAGUAUGGCUAAUUACACCAGCUUGGAGGAUAUGGUAGAGAAGGCUGUUGUGCAGGAGACGUGUCUUGUUGAGGAGCAGAAACAAUCCAAAGCAGCUCAAUCAAAGUUCGAGAAGACUUCUGAGUCACAGAAGAGGACAUGGGAUCAUACUGGGGCGCCCAAUUGUGGGCGUUGUCGUCGCCCUCAUUUCGGAGAGUGUUUCCACUGCUAUAGUUGUGGGCAGUAUGGUCAUGUUCAAAGGAACUGUCGAAAUAGGCCAUUAGGUGCCCAGGAUGCAGCACCAGCAGCUGCAGUAGUCGCACCAGGAGCUUGCUACACUUGUGGCCAGCUUGGUCAUAUCUCCAGGUCUUGCCCGACUAAGGGGCCUGCGGCCAAGCGUCAGGCCAUCGCUCCACGUGUGUAUGCUUUGGGAGAAGCCGAUGGAGCUGAGCGGAUAGGAGGUACAUAUCUUUAUCAUACUCGUUUGAUUUGAGUAUUCUUGUUUUUGUGGUUAUCAUGUAUAGGUAGAAAAAAAAAACGUGUCUAAUUAGAUCGGUUACUGUUGAGUGUGAGAGCUUUCAUCGUAUUAGAUGUGGGAGGUUCGCAUAGUUCGGAGUGUAUGCAACUGGCCAAGAAUCUUUUCUAGCAGAGUUAAGUCAAGUUGAAGACAUGUUAUUUCUUUUCUCGGCUCAGAAUUUGAAUUCGAGGACGAAUUCUUCUUAAGUGGGGGAGAAUUGUAACAACCCUGAUCCAUGGCAGUGGCCCAUUUGUUUUUUUUAAUUAAAACCCAAAACCCUUUCUAUUCUUUUUGUCCCACAUUGGAAGUUUGAGCAUCCUACCUCUCUUUCCUUCUCCUAUAUAAGAGACUCCUUCUCUUCUCCUUUUUUUCCAUCAAGUCAAAGUAUUCUUUGCGCGUGACAAGUUGUUGAAUUAUUCAACGAUCAGUCACUAGUGAAUUUUUCUGGUGGGAUUCCCGGGUAAGCUUUCGGCGAGAUUUCCGAUCGAGUUUCCAGCGGUUUUUCUGUUGAUCUCAGUUGACCAUCUUCCGUUGUUCUUUCCGGCCAGUUGCUAAGGUGAGGGUCUACUCCAUAAAUUCCGUACCAGUGUAGAAUUCCUUCUAUGAUAGGUUUAGACUUCGAAACAUGAAAUGUGUCUGCUUGAGUCCUUGCUUGGUAGUUAGUUUAUUUAUUGCAAAUCGGAAUUAGGGGUCUAGAGGAUUCAACCAUUGAUUGGAUUGUGUGAUGAUGAGAUAUGAGAUAUAUAUAUAUAUGUAUAUACAUAGUUAUAGUAGGGACUAUGUGCGAGGGCGGGGGUUCAGGGAUGCCUGGACUAGCGACGCCACUGUGGAGGGGCGGGGGCUCAGAGACGUCUGGGCUAGCGACGCAAUUUGUGUGGUGCGUGGUGCAGAGACGUUUGCAUCUGACGCAGCGAUCGAGGGCGGGGGUACAGAGACAGACUGUACUAGCAACGCCACGUAUGUAUAUCCAUAUGCGGAGAUGCGGGGUGUGUGGUAUAUCUAUGCACUAUCAGCGCAGUGUUUGUUGUGUGUGAUGCUUUAGGCGUCUUGCUUGUUCAUGUUAGAGCUAAACUUCCAUAGCGGGAGUUCUAUUUACUUAAGUCAGUGGUUUGUGGAUUAGCAUCCCAUACCUCACUGAGUGACUCCCCUGUUACUCACCCUCUUUUUCCCCCUUUCAGGUGAGGUAGCCGAGCAUGAGUGAUUGCUUUCGGAUUGGUGCUUUGGGAGUUUUAUUCUUAUUUUCAGACUUCGGUUUUAUGCUUUUAUCGAUAUUUUCCGGGAUUUAUUUUAUUUAUGCUAUUAUUGGAUUAUGGUGUUGAGUUCGACUUUUGGGAAGUAAUAAAUGGAGACUUUUAUGAGAUUAUUAUUUAUUAUAUUAUUUUAGAAAAUCGGGGUAUUACAAUUUGGUAUCAGAGCUGGUUAGCCGUCUCAGUUCUGACCUGAGAGGCGUCUUGAGACCUGUCGUGGAGCGCAACGAGGGCGUUGCGUUCUUUGAGAGGGGGUGAAUUGUAACAUCCCGAGUUGUGAUAUGUGAAAAGGCUUAAGAGAAUUGAUU